GAGGAGUAGCUAUGAAGCAAAUUUUUAGUACCGCAAACUGGAGAAUUUAGUUCAAAGGGGAAGAAACAUUACGAAUCAGCUUUUUUUAUAUUAAUGCCGCUUGUAAGUGAACAACCGAUUCCGCCACAGGUAGAAGCGCUGGGCUAUCGAUGGAUCAGGCGGUUAAGCGAAGGCUCCUUUUCGAAGGUACAUCUGACCGAAUACUACAGCAGCGUGGACAACCACUCCGAAAUGCUGGCAUGCAAGGUAAUCGACACGAAGAAAUGUAGCGAAAAGUUCCGCAAGCGAUUCCUCCCGCGAGAGCUAACCGUAUUGCUGCACGUGCGCCAUCCGUACAUCGUGCACAUCCAGGCCAUCGUCAAGUGUCGCAGCAAAGUUUGCAUCUUUAUGCGUUACGCCGAGAUGGGUGAUCUGCUGUCCUUCCUGGUCAACCACGGUCCACUGCAUGAACCACAAAUGCGCAUCUGGUGCCGACAGUUGGCGCUCGCCAUCCAGUAUCUGCACACGUCCGGAAUCGCGCACCGGGACCUGAAGUGUGAGAAUGUGCUAUUAUCGGCAAACUUCAACGUUAAGCUAACCGAUUUCGGCUUCGCACGCUACGUUACCGAGCAACCGAACCAGGGGGUACAGAUGAGCUCCACAUUCUGUGGUUCCUUCGAUUACUCGGCUCCGGAGCUACUGAAAGGACAACCGUAUAACCCCAAGGCAUCGGAUGUGUGGGCACUUGGAGUGUUGCUGUACAUUUUGUUCAACAAAUGCGUUCCAUUUAAGGGCAAAACGCGCCAGGUGUACCAACAGCAGAUGGCUCGUGAUUGGAAGUUUCGCUCGCGCGUGAGCAACACCCUUUCGCCGGAGGUGAAAUCUUUGAUCCGGAAUCUGCUCGAACCGAACCCACUGGUACGGUGGACCAUCGAAGAGGUGCUGGUUUGUGACUGGCUAGUCCAGGAUCGUCGGUUGCGCUCGCUGAAUGCGGCCGAGUUUGCGGCCUUAGCCGAGGCCAGGGUUUUUAUGCGCCGCUCCACCGACAUGAACCAGGUGCAGACAAAGUUGCAGCACACGGAAACAUCUGAUCGAUCGGUUACGAUGAUAAAGGAACAACCGGAAUCGGGAGCGAGUGGUGCAGCAGGAGGUGGCGCUGCUGCUGGACUGGCAUCGACGAGAACCUCCGUCGCUAACGAUCCACAAUAG